UCUCCGCGGCCACGCAGAGAGCGACUCCGCAUGGGGAGGCCGGGGAGGAGGCCGGGAGGCCGCCCCGGGCCUGGUAACUUGCAGUGAGCGGGGAAGGGAGACGGACCCCGCACGCUGAUCCGUAGCCCCGGGCCUCGGGCGUGGCCGUGGGCGUGACCCCGGGGAUGACUGCGGAGCCCGCGGGCGCGGCGCUGGGUCGCGGGUUUCAGCGCGCGGAGGCUCCGACUGCCGCUGGGAGCGGGUCCCUGGGCCGCACGAGCGUGGCGUGUGGGGAUGUGGGGUGCACGCGGGGGUCUGGCUCCCUCAGCUCGUCCGGGUUGGGGCUUGGGGGGCGCGGGGGACACGGGGAUCGUAUCCCCUCGCGUGAGAGAAAGAUGGAUGGCGGGAUCUUGCUUAGGAUCGCUGCGGCACGCGUCUGUCUUUACACGAGGUGUGACCGGUCUUUGAGACAGAUUGAAGGGAUUUGUGGACGUGAUUGGAAGUGACUUUGCCUGGGACUCCGUCGCCUUCUGUCGUCGUGAAUGACGCGUGACGCUGUAGGACUCUUCCCUUUUCCAAAAGAGGAGCUGGGACGGCGAGGCUCUCCCCUCACACAUCUCAAAGCCAUGCCUAAGGGAUCAGUGUCGUUCAAGGACGUGGCUGUGGACUUCACCCCCGAGGAGUGGCAGCAGCUGGGUCCCGCCCAGAAGGCCCUCUACAGGGACGUGAUGCUCGAAAACUAUUGCCACUUCAUCUCUGUGGGAUUUCACAUUACAAAGCCUGAUGUGAUCCGCAAGUUGGAACAAGGAGAGGAGCUAUGGACAGAGAGAAUUUUUCCAAGUCAGAGCUAUCUAGAAGAUGAAGAUGUUUUGGUGGAAUUCAAAGACCCCCAAGACAGGCAUCCCAAAUCAGUUGUAAUCAUCAACCACAAGACGCUAAUGAAGGAGAGAAGCAGUAUUUACGGGAAAACACUAGGCAAGAACCACAUUUCCAGAGCACUGUUAGAGUAUAAAUCUGACGGGAAGGUUUUGGGGAACAUUUCGGAGCUCGUUAGUACAGACGUAAACCCUGUAGGGGAGGCGCUGGGCGCCAGUGCCGAGUGGGAGCGACGGCUCCUGGAUUGCACGCAUGAGCAGGCCCAGCCCGCGGUGGCUCUGCGCAGGCCCACCGCGCCGCCGCCGCUCGCGCACCCCCGGGCCCUCCGGACCCUCGAGCAGCCGUUUGCCGGGGGUGCCGGCCCGUUCCCCGGGAGAGGAUUCCCCCCGGACAGAACUCGGCGGGGAGACGCGGCCUUCGGCUGCGGCGAGGACCAGAUCGCCUUUCUGGAAGGGUCGGGCCUCGGCGGCCACGCGCACGGCCUCCUGGGGAGGAGCCCCUCGGCAGGCAGGUACGGGAAGCUCCUCUGCAGGAGGGCCGUCGUGGCGGUGCACCCCCGCGCGCAGGCCGGGGAGAAGCCCUUCCGCUGCCCCUACUGCGGGAACAGCUUCCGCCGGAAGUCCUACCUGAUCGAGCACCAGCGCAUCCACACCGGCGAGAAGCCCUACGCGUGCGGCCAGUGCGGGAAGGCCUUCCGCCAGAAGACGGCCCUGACGCUGCACGAGAAGACGCACACGGAGGGCCGGCCCUACCUCUGCCUGGCCUGCGGCAAGGCCUUCCGCCAGAAGGCCACGCUCACCCGCCACCACAAGACGCACACGGGCGAGAAGGCCUACGACUGCGCGCAGUGCGGCAGCGCCUUCCGCAAGAAGUCCUACCUCGUGGACCACCAGCGGACGCACACGGGCGAGAAGCCCUACCGCUGCGCCGAGUGCGGCAAGGCCUUCAUCCAGAAGACCACGCUCACCGUGCACCGCAGGACGCACACCGGCGAGAAGCCCUACCUCUGCGCCGACUGCGGCAAGUGCUUCUGCCAGAAGACCACGCUGACGCUGCACCGGCGCAUCCACACGGGCGAGAAGCCCUACCGCUGCGCCGACUGCGGCAAGGCCUUCCGCCAGAAGGCCAUCCUCACCGUGCACCGCCGCGUUCACACCGGCGAGAAGGCCAACGCCUGCCCGCAGUGCGGCAAGGCCUUCAGCCGCAAGUCCAACCUCAUCCGCCACCAGAAGACCCACACCGGAGAGAAGCCGUACGAGUGCAGGGAGUGUGGGAAGUUCUUCAGCUGCAAGUCAAACCUCAGCGCACACCAGAAGACCCACAAGGCCGAAGCCGCGAGAAGUCCUUACAUCCCUCAUGAAUCAGUAUACACUGACAGAUGGAACUCGUCCGUGUGGGAUAGAAAUCCAUCGUUACCUCCUCGGAUUUCACCAGUUGUGAAUUAUGACGGCGUGGAUUAGGUUUUGCUCAUUAUAUAAAAGUGGACUGUUUGUCGUUGGUUCUUUCCCACACAGCCUGUUUCUCUCCGUGUCUGUCUCUGGAUCCAGUCUUGAGUGCAUGUAGCAGAAAGCCAUUUAUUUUUAUUCUGUGUAGAAACCCAUUAUAUAGACAUACCACUUGUGCCCGUUCAGCUGUUGGUGGGCUCUUACAUGUUUCGUUGCUAUGGUCAUAAUAAAAUGUACACGCGUGCACUUUUAUGUGCCUCAAGGAGUGGAAUUUCCGGGUCUUAGGGUUUAUGCAUGUUCAGUCAGCUGUAGUCGCUGCUGCAGCUCGCUCACAGCACGGAUGAUGUGCUGGUGGUUCAAACGACAGAGUUCUGGCAUGGAGACAUGGCCCCGCAGCGACCGGGAACGGGCUGCUCUUGCAGAGGACUGGGGCCUAGUCCCCAGCUCCCACUUGGUGGCUCCCUGCUGGCUGUAACUGCAGUU